UGAUGACAUCAUCGGGAUCCCGGAGUCUGUACCGUGCAGGUGCGAACGGGGUUGCCAAAACAAAACAGAAAGGCAACGACAGCGCAGAGUGAUCCCAGGUGUUUUGUGAGAGGGGGCGUAGAGUAAAACAAGCAACACAUGUGCUAUUUUAUUACACAAACAGAGAGUGUAUGUUUUCGUGUAGGGCGGGCACAGCGGGCUACGUUGCCUUGGGCGCGUGCCAAAAGUGGUACACACGCGUCGUCUUUCUCUCAGCCUUCUACCUCCCUCUCACGGUGGUGUCGUCAAAUGUACAGUAAUGGAUUGACACCGACAGCUCGGUGAACGCUGCCUGUAACUCCUUACCCUGGUACUACGGUUCAUUUGGACAUAUCAACAGUCAUUUACAUUUUCUGCGUAAGCUGCAAUAGCAUCGCAAACAGCAUCCAAAAUCACAGAGGCAACAGCGACUGCGGUGACGUGGUGACUACCGCACGCUGAUAGAAUGCACCCGCUCUGGCGAUGCUACCUUCGGGGAGUCUCCUCAGAGCUGGCGGUAAAUGGGUUGAAGAACCUUGCGGGGAGGUCCCGUCGGUGGACCGUGGGUCUGUGUGAGUCUUGGACCUGUCUCCGGUGUUGAAGUCGCUAUCGAGCCUAAAUCAACAGAAAGAGAGGCAGACUGAGAAUGCCAGGGGUGACGGUGACCGGGGAGGCACCCACAUUGAACGGGGGCGGAAGAGAGGAGCAGCGUCCCCUGAAGCAGUCCCUGGGCGGCUCUCUGUGUCGAGAGUCUCACUGGAAAUGCCUGCUGCUGACGCUGCUGAUGAUUGGCUGCUUCUGCACGCUGGGCUGGUGCUCCCUCUACCGCGUCACCGUCAUGGCAACCGACGACCAGGGCCACGCCUACUACUACGGCGACCGGGCGCGGCUCUACCACGACAGCCCCUGCUCCAACGGCUACGUCUACAUCCCGCUGGCGUUCCUGGCCAUGCUCUACCUGGUCUACCUGGUGGAGUGCUGGCACUGCUACUCCAAGACGGCCCACCUGCCGCAGGUGGAGACGGCGCAGGUGUACGAGCGCGUGACCAGGCUGCAGCAGGCCACGCCCUGCAUCUGGUGGAAGGCCAUCAGCUACCACUACGUGCGCCGCACGCGUCAGGUCACACGGUACCGCAACGGAGACGCAUACACCACCACACAGGUGUAUCAUGAGCGGGUGAACACACACGCGUCCAGCUGUGAGUUUGACUACUCUGGGCACGGCGUGAAGGACAUCUCCAAGCAGCUGCAGGGCCUGCUGGACCACCCUGCGGUCCGCCUGCGCUUCACCAAGUGCUUCAGCUUCGCCUGCGCCCGCGCCGAGAGCGCCUACCUCACGCAGCGAGCGCGCUUCUUCAGCGACAACGAGGGUCUGGACGACUACAUGGAGGCGCGCGAGGGCAUGCACCUGAAGAACGUGGACUUCCGCGAGCACAUGCUGGCCUUCCCGGAGCCGGCGUGCCAGCCGUGGUUCUCGCGCCGCGGCGUCUUCUGGCUGGCCUCCGCGCUGCUCUUCUCCUGGCCGCUGCGUGUGGUGGCCGAGUACCGCACCGCCUACGUGCACUACCACGUGGAGAAGCUGUUCGGCGAGAACGAGGACGCCAACGACAACGAGAGCGGCGAGUACCGGCACCCGGGCCUGGAGAACGGCGGGCGCAGCCGGGGCGGCCCCACGCUGCGCGUCAUCUCGCGCGUCAACACCGUGGACAUCACCGAGCUGGAGUGGCACAUCCGCUGCAACCAGCAGAUGGUGCCCAGUUACUCCGAGGCGCUGCUCAUGGACUUGGACCUGGUCGGUGGCGGUGCCGGCAGCGCUGGCUACACCAAUGGCAACGGGCUGAGCCAGCGGCGGCGGCGCCACUCCAGCUACCUGCUCCAGAGCUGCCCUCGCUGCCACCGCUCCAGCAGCAGCUCCUCCCUGCCCUCGCGCGUCAGGGGCAACGUGGCGAUGGGCGCGGGCUCUCUGCCCUGCGGCGUGGGGGCAGUGGUGGGAGGAGUCGGGGGCCGUUUGGGGCUGAGCCGCAGCGGGUUUUCGUUGGGCCGCCUCCACGCGGUCCGGCACCGUCGGCCGUGCCUGUUCCACUCACGCAGCCUGGGAGGAGGCAUGGGGGGGAGAGGGAACGAGGGAGGAGGUGGAGGGGGGUUUCUAGGCCUGGGGUUCCGUGUGGCGGAUGAGGAGAGACGAGGAGUGCUGGAGGGAGAAGGAUUGGAGGAUGAAGAGGAGGAAGAGGAGGAGGAGGAGAGGGUGAGGCAGGAGAGGAGGAGAGGGGAGGAGAGAGGAGAGCCUGAUGAGGAGAGGGGAGGCGUGGUUGAGGUGAGGGACGGGGACAGAGAACGUCCGCCGGCAUAUGAGGAGGCGCUGCGCUUCCCCGUGCUCAUCGUCCAUGGCGACGAGAGUUGCCAUGGCAGCAGGGACAUUGACACAGGGUAGGAGGGGGAAAGCAAAAUCCACAGACGUGUGAAGAAGACAAGACAGAGGACUGGGAACGGACAAGCAGAAGGAGCUGGUUAGAGAAACAGAGAAGGGACUCCUGGGAAUUCCAGGACCGGCAGGAACAACGAGAGCAAAUAUUGGAAGUGUGAGAGUGGAAAAGAAAGUUAGCAGUUAGCAGUUAGCAGUUAGCGUAGGGAGAGACUGUCACUCAGAACCUCCAGCACGUGUCUUCCUCCACAUGACUAGCCUAAAACAAGCUGUAGUGUUUUAAAAACAAAACAGUAAAAUGAAACAAAUAAACAACACACAAAAAGAACACAAUUCUCAGUGAAUGUAUCAGACCUUGCCCAGGAACCUCCUCGCAGGUGUACAGCACUGCAGCAAUCCAAAGCAGCUGAGUAGUUUUCUAUGACCCACGAUGUGAGGUCAGUCAGGCUUUAGACUCCGCCUCCCCCCUGCGCCCUUGACUUUACCUUUCCUCACAGACUCUCCUCCGUUUAAUCAUUUGAGUCUGAAUACCCAUUUAGGCUGCAGGACACCGAGGCUGUGGAUCUCCAAACUGCAGUCCACUGAAUCUGCCAUAAGGAAUCAGGGUUGAUAGGAGCAUGUGGCAGAUGUUGUGAUUCACUCUCAUGCCACAGAUCUUCCAAAUCCACGCUGGUAGACUCACGCUGUGCUGAUACAGUACGCUAUAGAAGCUAUUCAAGUCUAGCUUGAUGAAGAAGGAAGAAAGGAAGAAACAAAAGUGGAAGCCUUACAUUAGAGGGGUAGAGGCCUAGCCUAGCUUCAUCAUGUAGACCCAGACAGACAGACAGACAGACAGACAGACAGACAGACAGACAGACAGACAGACAGACAGACAGACAGACAGACAGACAGACAGACAGAUCAGACUCCCUCUAUAGCCUCCUCUGUGAUCUGAGCCGCCAUCUCACCUCAGGAGCAGGAAAGAGGUGGAAACGAAGAACGUCAGAGAGAGAGAGAAGAUGGGCUGUUUUGUUAGUGGUGACGAAUGAACAAACAAAGAGCCUGAGAGAGUUACAGGGAAGAAUUGGCAAGAGAGACAUAGAGGAGAAUGGAAAUCGAAAUACUGAGAGUACCAAAGGAAGAUAGUGUUUAGUUAGGGUUAGCAAGAGAGAGAAACAGAGAGAGAGAGAGAGAGAGAGAGAGAGAGAGAGAGAGAGAGAGAGGAGUGGGAGAGAGAGAGAAACAAUAGACUCCAGCUGGAUGUGUCUCCCCAUUAGGAGCAAGAGGAGUGGGAGAGGGAGAGGAGUAGGAGAGAGAGAGACACAGAAUGACAGAGAGAGAAAGAC